GUACCCACGCUACAUGGAAAAUAAAUGAGCCUUGGGAACUGUCAAGCCAUCAGAUUAUCAUCAACGAAACGCACCUUUAACUAAUUAAUUUGCCUCAUUAACAGUCAACAGCCAAAGGCUUUUCGGUUUCCAUCUAUUUUCAAUUAGUUUGUGCCUCUAACCGAAGCAUGUUGAAUCGUAAGCUACGCGUGCUGCUCAUCAUAAGCUACUACCACAUGCUCGUCUAUGGGCUGAUGCCAACGACGCUGAAAAUUGGUAACUGCGACCUGGCCAUAGCGAAGGUAUCCGCCGGCUAUAUGAUCUAUAGCGUGUUCCUGACCGUGGUGCUAUUGUUGGAGGUACCGUGUAUGAUGCUCGGCGGCCUCUUCAGCGGGUAUAUGAGGAACAACAUUGUGCUGCAGUGGGCUCUCAUUGUUGGACUGAUGGUACGCAUUAUUGCCAUUUUGAGCUGCUAUGGGCUGGUCUGGCUACAACGCCAACGGCUAAUACAGCUUUACAGAGACUUUCUUGUGCAUUGGAGGGCCCACUGGCAAAUCCUGUGUCGUGUUGCCGGCGAAGAGUCACUGGAACGAAUGCAAUUGAUUCUGGCGGGAGUACUGCGCCGCAAUCUGUGCAUUAAUUAUGCGAUGCUCUGCUGCUCGAUUCUAAUGCAAUAUCGCUUGCUCAGCUCGGGAAAUCGUUUGCAGCUGUUGAUGCAUGCUGCUGCAAUGCUGAUGGUUUCUGUGGGGCGAAUUGGCUUUUUUACGCUUCUCCUGCUGCUCAAUCAUCAGUUCCUGGCUGUUCAACUCUCGCUGCAGGCCUUAUGCCGGCGCGUGCGAUCGCGCUCGCAGGAGGAUCUGAGACGCAUUGCUGGCAUACACGCCGAGUGGGUCAUUUUGGCCCGACGCGCAUUUAGCAUUUACGACGUGGCUAAUGCCAGCAUCUUUCUGAAUAUGUUUGCCGUUAAUGUGAAUAUUCUCUACCAUGCCGUGCAAUUUGCUAAUCAGACAAUCGAGUCCGAUAGCUGGGGAUUUCUCAUUGGCGACGGACUUAUUGUAUUCAACUUUUGGAAUUCGGCCUUAAUUAUGAAUAUGUUGGAUAGCGCAAUAAACUCAUGCAAUGAUUCGGCUCAGCUCGUUAAACAGUUUAACAAUCUACACACACUGAGCCCGGAGUCAGAGAAAGAGGUGUGUCAAUUUUCAAAAUUUAAGCCACUUUUUCAAAUAUGCCCCUUUUGCUUGCAGUUGGAGCUAUUUGUGAUUCACCUACGCAACAAUCGUCUUGUCUAUCGAAUUUGCGGCUGUGUGGUCCUCGACAAGCCUGCCUGUCUGGGGUACUUAGCCACCGUUCUGUGCCACGUCAUCUUUCUAAUGCAAUUUGAUCUGAAGCGUAGGUAUGAAGAGGGCUUGACAAACUAGAACAUUAAAAAUAUAUGUCUUUUAAAAGACUGUCUUAGCCGAAGUCCAAUAGAUAUUGAUAAUUAGAAUGAUAAUGAUGUUACUUCUUGGUAGCUUUAAUUAGUGCCAUUUCACAAUAAUAUCGGUUCAGGUAUCUGAUUUUUAAAAACUGGUACAACAGACACAGAUACAUAGGAAGACAGACAGA